GAGGCAAACCUAGCCAGGUAUGGUCCGAGGUGUUUCUCGCAAGCUGUCCCUGACCCUUUCAGCUCCUCGGCUUCUGCCAUGGGUGGGCCCUGGGCCCUGGGCCCUGCUGGCGGCACUCUGGGCACUGGGGUCUGUAGGGUCUGCGGCGCUGCGCAUCGGAGCCUUCAACAUCCAGUGCUUUGGUGACAGCAAAGUGUCAGACCCCGCCUGCGGCAGGGUCAUUGCACAGAUCCUGGCUGGCUACGAUGUCAUGCUCGUUCAGGAGGUGCGGGACCCAGACCUGAGUGCUGUCACGGUACUCCUGGAGCAGAUCAACAGUGUGUCCGAGCACGAGUACAGCUUUGUGAGCAGCAAGCCACUGGGUCGGGACCAGUACAAGGAGAUGUACCUGUAUAUCUACAGGAAAGACACAGUGUCGGUCGUGGAGACAUACCAGUACCCUGACGCAGAAGACGCCUUCAGCCGUGAUCCUUUUGUGGUCAAAUUCUCCGCCCCCAGCUGCGGUGAGCCACGCCCUGACAGGCCCCUCCCUCCUCACCCUGCUCCCACCCUUAACACCCCCCACCCCACAGCUGCCAAAGAGCUGGUGCUAAUCCCCUUGCAUGCGGCGCCUCACCAGGCUGUGUUGGAGAUCGACGCCCUUUACGAUGUCUACUUGGACUUGAUCGACAAGUGGGGCACAGAUGACAUGCUGUUUCUGGGUGACUUCAAUGCAGACUGCAACUACGUUCGGGCACAGGACUGGGCAGCCAUCCGCCUACGCAGCAGUGAGAUCUUCAAAUGGCUUAUCCCUGAUAGCGCUGACACCACGGUAGGCAACUCGGACUGUGCCUACGACCGCAUUGUGGUGUGUGGCGCCCGUCUGCGCAGGAGCCUGAAGCCCCAUUCGGCCGCCGUGCAUGACUUUCAGGAGGAAUUCGGCCUAGAUCAGGCACAGGCUCUUUCCAUCAGUGACCAUUUUCCUGUGGAAGUGACCCUCAAGUCCCACCGAUAGCCUGGCAGUCUGGGCAGGGAAUGCCAUCUACAGAUUUUGGCCACAAAGAGUGGCACCACAGAGGAUUGUGUGGGUGGCAAGCUACUUGCCAGUGAGGAUGUAGGGCAGGGUCAGCUGGGCAGGGACAUGUCCAUGGACACACAGUAGGACUACCCAGAGCCUCAGUUUUCCUAUCUGUAAGACAGGCUAACACUACCUACCUCUUAGGGUUGUUGUAAAGAGUUAUCUACAAAUGGUGCUGUGUGGUGCCUGGCACAACCUCUGCUUAAUAAACAAGGUGCUCGGCCAGGAUCCCACAGGUUGGCUCCAAGGCUUCUGUUGUCUUAGGACCCAGCCCUUCUGGGGUGCGAGCCUUGAGUCUACUGUCCAGUGGGCCAAUGGUCCCAGCCCCCUUGGGGGAUACAGAGGGUCUGUCUUGCUCACUUUUUAUUCUGGUGGGAACUUGUAACCUCCUGACCAUACUGGCCCAGAAAGCUCAGAAAUGCCCCGAAAUUUCCUGUGCCAGCUGCAGAUGCUUCCAAAAGCCUGUUCCAUGAGUGCAACUGGAUGGUAACAGCACCACACAACAGCUUCCUGGGCCUUGAUGGAUUUCAGAACAGGCUUUGAUCCCCAUCCUGCCACCAGGGACUCCCAGGCACUCAUCUGAAUUAGAGGUCCUGCUGCAUCCAGUUCUGCAAGGGGAAUCAGGGCGGCUGGCCUCAGGUCCUGUCAGUCAUCUUCCCUGGGACUUUCAGAGUCCUUCAGCAUAGGAAGGCUGCUUUGGGUCUCUCCCAGGCCAGACAUGUGGCUCUGCGCUAUAUCCUUCCCAGAGACUGCUGUUCUUGCCAGGGGACAGGUCUGUGUAGUUUCCUCAGCAGCCCUGGUUGGGUGAGGACCUGCUAGAGUGUGAGUCUCUGUGCUUGGGAUGAGCCUACCACCUCGGAGGCAGGAAAAAGCAGUUUCGUGGGCACAGGGACCUGAUGAGGUUUCUAGCUUUUGAAAUAGUUCAUCUUUGGCAGAAUUUGGAAACUGGACCGAGUCAUAUGGAAGGGACAGUCUUUGUUUCAAAAGUUUAGACAAGUUUGGUUCUCCCAAAAUCUCUUUUUUUGGUAAUGGGGAUCGAACUCGGGACCUUGCACUUGUGAGGCAGGUGGCAGCACCACUGAGCUAAAUCCCCGGCCCUCACAAAUCUAAAGUAAGUCAGGAUUUUGGCAGUAGUGCGUGUCUCAGCCAUGCAAUGCUUGGGAGGGUCCUCUCCAUGCUCCCCGGGAUCCUCUGAAUGCCUGCCUAUUCUCUCCAUCCAAGUGAACAAACAUGGUGCCAAAGGGUUAUUCUCUUGGAGGGGGGCGGUCCUGUGGGUCUUAGUUGGCCUUAAAAGCAAGCAAGUAAUCAAAGGCUGGGAAUGGGACGACCUGAGGACUUUAUUCACAAUCCUGCUUUGGGAAAGGAGACAGUGUGAUCUUGUCUGGGCUCACAAGGACCCACCUGCCAUUAAAUUCCAAAAAUCUAGACACCGCUCUUCAAGCUGUCAUGGCUUCCCACCAGGCAAGAGGCACUUGUGGUGGCAGUGGGGCCUUUGGACACUCAGCCCUAAGAUCAGGAAAACAAAGAGCUGAGCAAGUUGAAAACUACCUUCUUUACAGUUUCCUUGAGACCAGAGAAAAACCUGUGCGGCAGGCCUGCCCUAGUGCUUCUUUUGUUUGAGGUUUUCUAAGUACACCUGCAGGGAAUUCUGGGUGGAGUCUCUGGAGAUGAAGCUGACGAAGUUCUGGAUGUCAGCUUCCCGCUGUUUGAUCAGGUGGUCUGCUGUGGC